ACAUUUCACUUGACAGAUAAACACGAAGGCAUGUUGAUGGUGUGUUUUUGGUUAUAAAUUAAAAUAAAAUAGUUUAUGAAUAAGAAUGCCUAAACCAACGCUAUUUGAUGAAGACUCAGACGAAGAGGUUGCGCUUAAGACAGAAAAUGAGUACGCUAAGAAGUACGACAAGUGGCGGGAGAAGGAAGAACUUCAUAAACUGGAACAGAAGUAUGGUUCCAAAGCCGUCAACGGCGAUGGUUCCGCAUCAUCAGACAGUGAAGAUGAGAGUGACGAGCCUCCCGAGGUGUCGGAGGAGAUGGAGACGCAGUUCCUCAAGACAUUGGCGUUACUGAAGACAAAAGACCCAAGGAUUUAUGAUCCAAAGUACAAGUUCUUUGAUGAAACUGAGAAAAAGGAGCCAGAAAAAGAGAGCAAGCCAAAGCAGCUGACAUUUGCUGACAGUGACGAGGAUGAUGAUGAUGACGGCAAUAUCUUCAGCAUUGAGAAGAAAGCUGAAGUUGAAGAGCCUAAGAAGGAGAGGAAAACUUCUGAGAGUAAAGAGACAAAAUUAAAAGAGUACCUCACAGGGCAAGCAGAGCACAUAGAUGACGAAGUGGAGAAGGACUUGGCGCCACUGAAGGCACUGUGGUCGGACCCUAAGCUCAAUGAGGGAGAGGCAUUCCUCAGAGACUACAUUUUAAAUAAACGGUAUCUUGAAGAAGGUGAUGUUGGUGAAGCUGAAGACAAGAUCAGGGAUGACGAAGAGUUAGAAGCUGAUGAGGAGCGAGUGGAGGAGCAGGGCAAGUUCGAGAGGGCUUACAACUUCCGAUUUGAAGAGCCUGACCAGGAAUAUCUAAAACGUUUCCCCCGCACCAUGAACUACAUCCGGCCCAAAGAUGACCGUCGUGCGAAGAAGCGAGCCGAGGUGCGGUCCCGCAAGGAAGAGGAGAAGCAGCGCAAGCUGGAGGAGAUCGCGCGCAUGAAGGCGCUCAAGCUCAAGGAGAUACAGGAGAAGAUCAACAGGAUCAAGGAGGUUACCGGCAAUGAUGAACUGGCUUUCAGGGAAGAAGACCUGGAGAGUGAGUUCGACCCUGAGGAACACGACAAGCGCAUGCGCGAGAUCUUCGACGAGCAGUACUACGGAGACGCGGAUGAAUCCAAACCUGUGUUCCCUGAUCUAGAUGAAGAACUAGAGAUUGAAAACUGGGAUAAGUACCAGCCGGAGGCGGAUGGUGAUGAUGACGGUGAUCAGGGUGAUGAUGACGGACCACAUUGUGAAGACGAAGAUUUUAAUAUGGACGCCGACUACGACCCAAAGAAAGCGCGCGAGAAUCUUCUAGAAGAAGUAAAGAAGACUCUUGGCAAGAAACGAAGAAACAGAAAGAAGAAAUCCAAGUUAGCCGAGUUGCUGACUUCUGAGAAACCCAAGUUCAUACCCACGGUGGCUGAGAAGACUUAUGAUGAAUAUAUGGAGGAGUAUUAUAAGAUGGACUGUGAGGAUGUCAUAGGAGGUGACCUGCCGACCAGGUUCAAGUACCGGGAGGUCGUACCUAAUGAUUAUGGACUUACUGUUGAGGAGAUUCUUCUAGCAGAUGACAAAGAGCUGACCCAGUGGGUUCCUCUGAAGAAGAUCCUGAAGCAUCGGCCAGAGAACGUGGAGCGAGGAGACGCCAGGAACUAUGCGCAGAAAGCGGCUGACGUCAGGCUCAAGAAGAAAAUACUGCCCAGUCUGUUCAAGGACUUGCCAGAAGACCCAGAAUUAGUAGUACCAAUAGAAGAAGCGAAAAAGAAAAAAAAGAAGAAGAAGAAAAAGAACAAACAGAAGGACACAGAUAAUACCAAUAUAGAAGAAUCUACGCAAGAUGUACAACAAACUAAUCAAGUCGUAGACGCUGGAGAUCAAACUAUUGACACUCCUGAAACUAAGAGCAAAAAGAAAAAUAAACUCAAAGCUAAGACAGAGGACACAAGCACUUCAAAUAUUGAAGAAACAACUGCAGAAGAAAAUGGAGAAGUAAAACAAAAGAAGAAGAAAAAGAAACAUAAAGACGGGUUUGUUGUUGAAAGUGUGGAACAUGUGGAGCCUAGUCAACUGAGCACUGAUGAUGUUACUUUGGAAGGUAAAAAAGGCAAGAAAAAUAAACAAAAGCACGCAGAAGAGAAUGGUGUUAAUGAGAGUGCAAUAGAAACUCCUCAAAAGAAAAAUAAAAAGAAAGCUGGUGACAAUUCCACACCAAGUAAUAAUAAUUCUGAAACUGUAGCAAAUAAUAAAGGUAACUUAAAACGCAAAGCGGACCCCGAUACUUCCGAACAACCAAAUCAAAAGAAAAAGAAAACCAAUAAAAAAGAUUUCAAAAAGAAUUUCAAACAAAACGAUAAGUUUAAAAACAAGGGCAAAGGUAACCAGAAACAGCCAAUGAAUCCUAUGGUCAAUCUGUCAGAUGAAAGGUUGAAAGCUUAUGGAUUGAAUCCUAAAAAAUACAAGAACUUCAUGAAAUUCAAGAAGUUUUAAUCAUAUUUUACAAAAUUGUACAUAUUUGUAUCGAGUGUAAAUAAAUAAACUUAUAUAAUACA